AGUUGACCCAGGUAAACUGGAAAGCCCAUAGUCAGCAUGGUUUCAUCAUUCUCCAGUUUCCGAUUGCUGCUGUUACUUCUCGGCCUCGCCACGCAUGAUGCCGCAGCAGUAUAUCCAGGCUUGGCUGGCCUGAACACACUCUUCACGUUUGGAGAUUCUUAUACGAGGACUGGAUUUUAUGCCACUCGCGACCAGCCCUCCAUCGUCAAUCCCCUUGGUAAUCCAACGUACCCGGGCCCUACCAGCGCAAACGGACAAAACUGGAUCCAAUAUCUCACCACCAAGCAUAAUGCAUCGCUGCUGCUGACCUACAACUUCGCGCAGAGCGGUGCCACCGUCGACACCACUCUUGUGACGUCCAGCAUCGACGUUGUAAGCCAAGUUGAAAAUGGGUUCAUCCCCAACUACACCGGGAACAACCAGACUUGGGGUGCUGACUCUUCUUUGUUCGGUUUCUUCAUCGGAAUCAAUGACAUUGGGAAAUCUUAUACCAAUGGCAACUCCACGGACCUUCACCCGCUAAUCUUUGAUAGAUAUGCGGAGUUGGUGGAAGAAGUCUACGAGGCGGGUGCCCGUAACUUCCUCUUCCUCAACGUACCUCCACUUGAGCGGAUGCCGAGAACAACCCAGUCCAGUGCGGCUGGAGAGCGCAUUCCUCUUGAAAAGGCUGCGGUUGAGGAUUGGAAUGAGCGCCUUGGCGUGUUGGUCAACGACUUGCGAGAGACUCACGGAGAUGUGACCAUGUUCCAAUACGACACGUAUGGAUUGUUUGACAGGGUGAUAGAUACGCCUGGCCGUUACAAAGAAACUGCGGUUUACAAGAACACGACGACAUACUGUUCGGCAUACCAAAAUGGAACACCUGAGCCAGACACUAAGUGGGAUAAUUGCACCUAUGCUGCCAAUGAGUAUAUGUGGAUCAAUAGUCUUCAUCCAACAUCACCCGUUCACUUGGCACUGGCAAGGAGUAUCUCGAGAGCUUUGGCUUGA